GAGUUGGAAGAAGACAAUGAAAAGAGAAAAGAGAUUCCGGGCAUCCUGGAGCGCGUGGAGAAGGAGAUAGAGAGUCAGCGCGCGGAUUUUGCCAACGUGGAGGAAAUACAGCGCCGCCUCGCCGCGGAGCCCGGCCUCCAGGACGAAGCCCAACGACACGCCGAAAGCAUAGACGACCUGAAAACACGAUGGGAAAAUAUACAACGAACGAUUUUAGACAUAAGGAACACUAUGAAUCUGUUGGAAGACAAAGAGAAGUUGGGCUCAGACACGGAGGCGACGCAGCGCGAGCUGGACGAGGCGGAUGCCUGGCUGCAGGCGCUCGCCCGCGAGCCGCCCGCGCACAACCAGCUCGUGCACCUGCGCACCCGCGCCCGCGCCCUCCGCGCCCUCGCGCCGCGCCUCGGCGAGCUGCAGGCCCGCGCCGCCGCGCUGCACGCGCGCCUGCCCGCGCCCGCGCUGAGCGCCGCCGCCGCGCUGGCGCAGCAGCACGCGCGCCUGCUGGACGCGCUGGCGGCGCGCGUGGCGGCGUGCGGUGCGCGGACCGCGCGCUGCCGGCGCGCCUGCACGCGCUGCAGGAGCAGGCGCUGGCGCAGCACGCGCUGCUGGCCGCGCCGCCCGCCAUGCGCGCCGAGCGCGAGCGCCUCGCCGACCUGCGCCGCCAGCUGCUGGAGCUGCACGACGCCGCGCAGCGCGAGCGCCGCGACCGCGCCGCGCCCUCCCAAGCGCACGAGCUAGACUUCAACAAUAGCAUGGAGAACUUGCUCUCCAAGUUCGAAGACACCAAAACAAUCCUACAACAGAAGAUUACCAAGUUGGAAAACGGCGAGGCGCAGAUGCAGCAGCUGGAGCAGCUGAGCGCGGAGGUGUCGGCGUGGCUGGACGCGGCGGAGCGCUUCACGCGCGAGUGCGACGCGCUGCCGCUCGGCGACCAGGACGCGCUCGAGCGUCUGCUGCACACCAGCAACGAAUUCGAAGAACAGAAAGAAUCUUUCAAAGCCAAAUUAGAAGUAAUAGAAAGUACCAAAGAAUCUAUUCUCGAAGACUGCGAGGAAGGCGUCGCGAAGACGAUCCAGAACGAUACGAAAAACUUAAAGAAACGAUACGAGAGCGCGACCGCCGCCGCGUUCCGGAGCAACGAGGCGCUGCGCCGCGCGCUGGAGCGCACCGAGGCCGUGCUGCGCGACAUCGACGACACGGCGCGCUGGCUGCGCGAGCUGGAGGCGCAGGCGCCGCGCGAGCACGAGUGCGGCAUCGGCGACUCGGGCGCGCUGUACGCCAUGAAGGCGCGCUUCCAGGCGCUCAAGGAGCGCUGCGACGCGCGCACGCCCGCCUUCCGCGCGCUCAACGAGGCGGGCAACGACCUGCUGCUGGCGUCGCCGGCCCCGCCGCCCGCGCUCGCGCGCCAGCUCACGCAGCUCAACGCGCGCUGGACGGCGGUCACGCACGGCGUGUACGAGCGCUACAAGGUGCUGGCCGAGGCGUGGCACGAGUCGGGCGAGCUGCGCGCGUGGCUGGCGCAGGAGCGCGGCUGGCUGGAGGGGCUGCAGCGCCGCCUGCGCCGCUCGCCCGACGCGCCCGCCGACGCCGAGGAGAUCUCCGACGAGCUCUACGACUUAGAGAACUACAUCCAGAACCACAGCGACGAGCGUCUGUCGCGCAUCCAGGACAUCGGGCGGCAGCUCAUCGACGCGCACAUCAUGCCCGCCUGGAUCCAGGCCGAGAUCGACGCCGUCACCUCCAGCUGGGACACGCUGCGGGCCGAGGCGGCCGCACGCAGCGCGCUGCUGGAGCGCGGCGCGCGCGAGGCGGCGCGCUGCGAGGUGGCGCUGGACCGCGUGCAGCAGUGGCUGGACGCGCUGCCCGCGCCGCCCGCGCCGCCCGCGCCUGCUGCGCCAGCUGCCGGCCAGCGCGCGGCGCUGCGCGACGUGCGCGCGCAGGCCGACGCCUACGCGCGCGCGCGCGGGCGGCGGCGGCGGCGCCUGCGCGAGCAGCUGGAGCUGCUGGCGCGGCGCCUGGCGGCGGCCGAGGCGUGGCUGUGCGGCGCCGCGCCCGCCGCCGCGCCCGCGCUGCCGGAGCGGCUGGCGGCGGCGCAGCGCUCGCUGGAGGCGGUGCAGCGCGAGUGCGCGGCGGCGCUGGCGCCGGCGGGACACGAGCCCGACGCCGUGCGCGCGCAGCUCCGCACCUGCCUCCGAUUCUAUCGGACGUUGAGUGAAAUCAAGUCGGAGGUGGAGACGAUCAUCAAGACGGGCCGCAAGAUGGUGGAGGAGAAGACGGUGGAGGAGCCGCAGGAGUUCUCCAAGAAGAUCGACCUGCUGAAGGAGCUGUACAACAAGCUGGGCGCGCAGAUCACGGAGGCCAAGGCGCGGCUGGAGUACGCGCUGCUGACGGCGCGCGAGAUACAGAACGACCUGCACGCGCUGGCCGCCUGGCUGGACGGGCUGGGCGCCGGCCUGGGCCGCCAGGCGCUGGAGCUGGAGAUGUCGCGCAUGGAGGCCACGCGCAACAAGCUCAACGCCAACUACGCCGAGUUCGCGCGCAACUGCGACCCCGCCUACCUGGACAAGCUGGCGGACCAGGUGGCCGACAUCAACGCGCGCUGGGACCGCCUCAAGCGGCACGGCGUGGCGCCCGCCGCCGACGACGAGCUGCAGCGCUUCCUGGACGACGCCGAGCAGCAGCUGGAGUGCCGCGACACCGCCAGCGCCGCCAAGCUGCGCGUGCUGGCGGGCGAGCUGCGGCGCCGCGCCGCGCCGCCCGGCCCGCUGGCCCGGCGCCUGGCCGCCGCGCUGGACCGCGUCACGGCCGCCACGCAAGCGCACGCUGACGCAGCGGCCGCUGUCGAGUACGAGAACGUUACGGAUACUAUUAAGAGACGCCUAGAGAGUCCCGUUAACACUCCGGAGACCGAAAAACCGGAAUUCAAAAAGUCUAAGAUACCGCUCGCUCUCAAGAGUCCUGUACCUAUAAAGAAAGAAAUCAAAGAAGGUGGCCAUAGGAGUAGGGGUUCGUCACUAGAGAGAGGCAAGCGAGUGUCCGAAAGUCCAAUGUCGGACAGCGUGAACAGCGGCAUGUCGACGGACUCGAUAGAGCCGUCGGUGUCGCGCGUCAGCUCCGUGCCCUCCACGCCCGACACGCCCAAGAAGAACAGCAGCACCUUCAACCUGCUCUCCGACAGCGACCUCUUCACGCAGAUCUCCAACAACAACAUAGUGCCCCAGCCCGCCGCCCCCGCCCCCCCCGCCGACAGACCGCAGGCCGACCCGUGCCACGUGGUCGAGGUCAAGGAGCACGAGAUAGUCAAGUCUACCGUCAGCCCCAUAGAGCCCAUGGAGAUGUAUCCCUUCGAAGCGAUCGACGCCGUCGUCGAGUUCAUACCGCAGAGCGUCGAGACCGUCGAGAUCAUCGACGACACCGAGAACGACUCUCUCACCGACUCGGACGACGCGCACUGCUCUCCCGGACCCGAUGAGAAGAGACGCACCGUCGAUUUGGGAACCGAACCUAAGACCUUUGUCGUAGAAGUCAAAACUCUGGAACAAAGAAUGAAACCGACCCUCGGCAUACUGAAGCGCAAGAGCAGCUCAGAGCAAGACGCGGCAAGCGCGGCGGCGGACGUGCCCGACGUGGUGGCCGGCGCCGAGCAGCCGCUGAGCCGGCGGGCGCAGCGCGAGCAGCUCAACGAGUACCUCAUCCUGGACGAGGUGCCGCGCGAGCAGGCGGCGCUGCCCGAGCCGUCCGCCACGGCCGCCGCCGCCGCCGCCAGCCUAGCGCCGCACGAAGCUAUAUACUCGGAGGUGGACGACACGCCGCAGUUGCGUUUGACGUCGUGUAGCGAGUUCGACGACAAGCCGCCGCUGUCGACGUCGACGCCCAUCAAGGCGGAGGAGCGCAAGCAGGCGGCGCAGGUGGUGGCCAUGUCGCCCAAGCCGGCGCCCGCCGCGCCCGCCGAGCGCGGCCUGCAGCACGACCAGCACCAGACCGCCGACGACUCUACUAACGAAGCAGAGGCGGUCGCGAGGGCGGUCCCGGAGGCGAGCGCGGAGGGCGCGGCUUCGGGCGCGGAGGAGGGCGCGGAGGAGAGCGCGGAGGCGGCGCUGCGCGCGCGGUUCCCGGCGCAGGCGGACGCGGAGCUGGCGGCGUGGGCGGCGGCGGCGGCGGCGCUGGCGCGGCGCAUGGACGUCAUGCUGCUGACGGUGGGCGGCGUGGCGGCCGAGCGCGACCCCGCCAAGCGCCUCGAGAUCCUGAAGAACCAGCUGGGGCAGCUGGCGCCCGACGCGGCGGCGCUGAUCUCGCGCGGCGACUCGCUCGUGUACGACAAGCACAAGCACAGCCCGCUGCUCGCCGACUACCUGCAGACGCACUUCCAGGACAAGCUGCGGAACAAGUGGUCCAUGGUGAUGUCGGAGAUCGAGCAGAAGCGCGAGCUGGCGCUGCAGGCGGAGGACAACCUGAAGGAGCUGGACCGACUCGUGGACGAGCUGCAGGCGUGGUGCGACGCCUUCGACGACAAGCUGGCCAGCGACCCGGCGGGCGCGCGCGCGGAGCUGGAGGCGCGCGCGGGCGCGGCGGAGCGCGCGGGCUGGCUGGCGCGGGCGCUGCGCGCGGCGCACGUGGGGCGCGAGCGCGGUGGCGCGGGCGCUGGCGGGCUGGGCGCGGGCCGAGCGCGCGGCGGGCGGUGCGGCCGAGCCGUGCGCCGCGCCAACCUGGCGCGCGAGGCGGUGGCGGCGCUGGCGGCACAGCUGCGCGCCCCGCCGCUCGGCGGACGCGACUACGACGACUUCCCGCUGCAGGAGGACGCGCUCGCGCGAGUGCGCGCGCGUGCCGACAGCGUGGGCGCGCAGGUGAGCGCCGCCCUGCGCGCGCUGCCCGCGCCGCCCGCCGAGCCCGCCGAGCCACAGGCCGCGCAGGAGGCGCAGGAGGCGCAGGCCGCGCGGCUGCGCGACAAGCUGCAGCGCGAGUGGGCCGCCGUGCAGGACGCGAUCGCGGCGAGACAAGAGAGGUGGCGCAAGUGCCAGACGGAGUGGGCGUCGCUGUACGCGCUGCUGGAGGCGUGCGGCGCGUGGCUGGACGGCGCGGAGCGGCGACUGGCGGGCGCGGCGCCGGACGUGGCGGCGCUGCGCGCGGAGCAGGCGGCGCGCGCGGAGGAGGCGGCGCGCGCGCGGGCGGCGGGGCGCGCGGUGGUGGCGGCGUGCGGCGCCCCGCUGUCGCGGCACGUGCAGGAGCAGCUGCAGCAGCUCGCCGAGCGCUGGCACGCCGUGGCCGCGCGCCUGCACACCGACACAAGUGAACCGGAGGAACCGCCGACUGCGGAAGCUACCACUGACACUGAACAGAGCGAGACGGAGACGCAGUGGGCGGAGACGGCGCAGGCGCAGCUGCGCUCGGUGGCCGAGCUGCUGGACACCACGUGCGCCAACGUGUCGGACCGCACGUGCCUCGCCAUCCGACACAGUCUCGUCAAGGCGCGCUCGGAGGAGCUGGCGGGCACGCUGCAGGCGGCGCGCGGCGGCGCCGAGCUGCGCGCGCAGCUGCAGGCGGCGCAGGGCAAGCUGGCGGCGCACGGGCUCUUCCUGGGCGACAAGCUGGCGGCGCUGGAGCAGCACAGCGCGCGUCUACGGGCCGCGCUCGCGUGGGCCAGCGACGCCGUCGCCGCGCUCGACGCCGCGCCGCCGGACCAGCGCCAGCACAAGCUCGACGAGUUGGCGACGGAGUGCGCGUCCCGCGCGGCGGACACGCGCGGUGUGCUGGAGGCGCAGGCGGCGCUGGAGCGCGAGUGUGGCGCGGCGCGGCAGAGCGCGGCGGGGGAGCUGCGCGAGGCGGCGCUGCGCCUGCGCGACGCCUGGGCGCGCCUGCCCGCUCCGCCCGAGUGGAGCGCGCGCGCGUCGACGCGGCGCCGCUCGUCGCAGCAGUCGCCGGCCGCGCUGCUGGCGCACUUCGACACCACAGUGCUGCAGAUCCGCGACUGGGUGUCUGUGGAGGUGGACAUGUUGCGCACGCAGGCGGUCGCCGUCGGCGAUGUGGACGACAUCCUGCACCAGCUCGACAAGCAGAAGGGUGUACUCCGCGAGCUGGAGCAGAAGAAGCCGCAGCUGGACGAGCUGCUACACACCGCCGAGAGCCUCAAGGGCACCGAGAACAGGCAGCAGCUGCACGGGAAAGUAACAGCCCUACGCGAGCACUGGGACGAGGCGAAUGCGCGCGUCCUACAGCGCAAGGCGCAGCUGGACGCGAUGCUGGGCGACUCGCAGCGAUACGAGGCGAGGCGGCGCGACGCCGACGCGUGGCUGUCGCGUAUGGAGGCGCGGCUCGCAGCCAUGCAGCCGCCCGCCAACACGGCCGAUGUGCUGGAGAUGCAGCUUAGGGAGCAGAAGUCAUUCCAUGCUGAAGUGCAUCAGUACAAGCAUCAAAUCGAGCUUUUUGGGCAGCUGACACAGCGCCUGAUCGCUGUGUAUCGCAAUGAUGACACAACCCGCAUCAAACGCUCCACCGAGGCCAUCAACCAUAGAUACAAUGAGCUUAACAACAGUAUUGUGGCUCGCGGCAAAGCGCUGCAUUCAGCAGUAUCAUCGCUGCAGAACUUCGACCGGUCGCUGGAGAAGUUCGUCGCGUGGCUCAGCGAGGCGGAGUCGUUGCUGGACGCGGCCGAGAGGGAUCCUCAUCUGUUAAAGGACCUUCAAUCAGAGAUCGAGACACACCGCGAUGUGUACGCGUCGCUCACGGGGACAGGACGCCGACUCCUCGGCUCCCUGUCCUCGCAGGAGGAUGCCGUCAUGCUGCAGAGGAGGCUCGAUGAGAUGAACCAGAGAUGGCAUCAUCUCAAGUCCAAGAGUAUGGCUAUCAGGAACCGCUUGGAGAGCAACGCAGAGCACUGGUCAGCUCUGCUCCUCUCUCUGCGGGAGCUCACCGAGUGGGUUAUCAGGAAGGAGACGGAGCUCAACGCCCUCGCUCCACCCAGGGGCGACCUGCCUGCACUACUUAAACAACAGGAUGAUCAUCGAGCCUUCAGAAGACAGCUAGAAGACAAGCGACCAGUCGUCGAGAGCAAUCUUCUGAGUGGCAGACAAUACAUCGCCAACGAGCCGCCUCUGUCAGAUACGAGCGACACCGAAGCGAGUCGCGACAACGAAGGAGACUCCCGCGGCUACCGCUCUGCUGAGGAGCAAGCUCGGGAGCUGGCCAGGUCCAUCAGGAGAGAGGUCGCCAAGCUGGCAGACAAGUGGAACACCCUGGUGGACCGCAGUGACGCCUGGGGACGGUGCUUGGAUGAUGCUGUACAGCGUGUCCGAACCUUCACGACCUCACUAGACGAGCUCGCAGGGCGCGUGCAAGCCGCCGAGGCCGCGCGCUCAUCAUGGCGCGGGCCGGGCGACGCUCGCGACGCGCGCGCGCAGCUCGACGCCGUCUCCCGCGCCCGCGCACAACUGCCUCCUCUGAGGAGACUGGCUGAUGAACUCCAUGCGCAAGCUCAGCAGCUGGCGAGAGAUAAGAUUCAGCUGCCUGAUCAUUUGUUGGCUAGGCUUGAUGAUUUGAAUACUAGGGUAUCAGGUCUGAUGUCUGGCGGCGAGGAGCGCGUGCGUCAACUGACCGGAGUCGCGAGGGACGGCGGCGCGGGCGCAGCGCAGGGCUUCCUCGCCGGCUCUGUGGAACAGCCCUGGGAGAGGGCCGUCACGCCUGCUAAUGUACCUUAUUAUAUCAACCAUGAGUUGGAGACAACACACUGGGACCACCCGAAGAUGAUCGAGCUGAUGAACUCUCUAGCCGACCUGAACGAGGUUCGCUUCUCCGCGUACCGGACAGCGCUCAAGUUGAGGACGGUGCAGAAGGCGUUGUGCAUGCACAUGCUACAGUUGCCUGCCGCUCUAGAAGCGUUUGACUCGCACGGGCUUCGCGCGCAGAACGAUCGCCUCAUCGACAUACCUGACAUGAUCACUGUGCUUACUUCCUUGUAUGAGGUAAUAGCAGCAGAGAACCCAAGCCUAGUGAACGUGCCACUCUGCCUGGACCUGUCCAUCAACUGGCUCCUCAACGUGUACGACAGCCAGCGCACCGGACAGAUCCGGGUGCUUAGCUUCAAGGUCGGGCUGGUGCUGCUGUGUAAGGGACACCUGGAGGAGAAGUAUAGGUAUCUCUUCCGACUUAUCGCAGACCCGUCUUGCAGAGCAGACCAAAGAAAACUAGGACUGUUGCUACACGACUGCAUACAGGUACCGCGACAACUUGGUGAAGUGGCAGCGUUCGGAGGGUCCAACAUCGAGCCCUCAGUGAGGAGCUGCUUCGAGCAAGCCUCCGCCGCCACCAAGGAGGGCAGCAAGGGUGGCACUCUUGAUAGGAAAGUUGUGAACCUCCCAGAAAAAGAGAAAGACAAAGAGCCAGAGCCAUCUAAAGACAAGACUUUAGAACGGGACGCAGAUGGGCAGCUGCAGUUCAUAGAAGCCUGCCACUUCCUGCAGUGGCUGCAGAAGGAGCCGCAGUCCAUGGUGUGGCUGCCAGUGCUGCACCGGCUGGCGGCUGCGGAGACGGCCAAGCAUCAGGCCAAGUGCAAUAUCUGUAAGGAGUACCCCAUUGUUGGGUUCAGAUACCGUUGUCUGAAAUGCUUCAACUUCGACAUGUGCCAGAAAUGUUUCUUCAACGGCCGCAAAGCCAAGAACCACAAGCUGACGCAUCCCAUGCAGGAAUACUGCACUGCUACAACAUCGGGUGAAGACGUGCGUGAUUUCACUCGUGCACUGCGCAACAAGUUCAAGUCUGCUCGCUACUUUAAGAAGCAUCCCCGAGUGGGAUACCUACCAGUGCAGACUGUGCUUGAAGGCGACGCGCUGGAGUCGCCGGCGCCGUCGCCGCAGCACUCGGGCGGCGGCGCGCUGGGCGGCGACGACAUGCACUCGCGCCUCGAGCUGUACGCCACGCGCCUCGCGCAGGUCGAGCUCGGCGCCAAGCCCGGAGACACGCCUGACAGCGAUGAGGAACAUCAGCUGAUCGCUCAGUACUGCGCGUCGCUGAACGGCGGCGCCGAGGCUGACGACGCGCCGCGCUCGCCCGUGCAGGUCGUCUCCAUCAUACACCGCGAGCAGAGACACGAGCUCGAGGCUAUGAUCAGGGAGUUGGAGGAAGAAAAUGCCAGUCUGCAAGCUGAGUAUGAACGUCUGAAGGCUAAACAGACUCCUGGAUCUACUCCUGAAGAACAGCAUGGAGUCAAUGAUAACAGGAACGCGCCUGUCGACCAGGACAUGAUGGCUGAAGCCCGCCUGCUGAGGCAGCACAAGGGCCGGCUGGAGGCGCGGAUGCAGAUCCUCGAGGAGCAUAACCGACAGCUCGAGGCGCAGUUGCAGAGACUGAGGAGGUUGCUCGAUGAGCCUGCCCAAGGCUCUCCGCCAGCUCGCACCGGUACUCUGCAGACUCGCUCUGUGACUGCUUCGCAACUCGCUACCGACUCGCCAGCUAAGAUGCAUAAUGGACUGUACCAUGAGUCACAAACUAACGGCGGAGGGGCGGGCGGCGCGGGCGCGCGGUGGGAGCGCGAGGAGCGUCCGCCGCCGCCGCCGCACGCCGUGCACUCGCUCAUGCACUGCGCAGAUGACCUUGGCCGCGCUGUCGAAGAACUAGUAUCAGUAAUGACGGAGGACAAUCAGAACCAGACAUCGAACUCUCCUCCGCAGUACACCAACGGGAAGCCUCCCUCCAAAGAGUAGCUCACAUCGAGACACAACGCGAAUGGUGCUGCCAAAGCCUGCCCUAACCUUCGAACUAGCAACACUGUCGAGUCAAACCAAAGAGAACGCUUUAAAAUCCCUUUAAAUUCUAUCCUUGCUACAUCGAAGUAAUAUAAAACAUUGUACAGUUUUAUCUACUACUAAUUUUCGACUCAUCACUAACAAUACCUGCACAUGCUGUUUCUACCUUAUUAUACAUAAGCUCUAACAUUCCACACAUCUCUAAUCGAGUGGGCUUCGGGGGAAAGAUACUAAA